AUGUUUGCAAGUUGCCGUGCGCGAACAGAAAGCGAUGUCAAGCCCCCAGGCAAACGCGAAGAUCCCUUUGCGCCCCACGCAUCCAAGAGCGGCACGAUGGAAAUGGCUGUGGUACGCGCAGCGCGAUGGGCCGUCGUUGCGGAACAAUGCCGACACCCACGCCGGCCUCGACCGGUGGCAUAUGGCAUCAAAGCUGCGAAGCUGAACGCGAAGUCUGAGACGCCUUCCUUCACGCGUUGCCCGGUUUGCCGAAGCGCUGCAAUGCACUGGCUCGGUCCAACCCGACAAAAUCCUCGCCUAAAACAUCCGAGAAGGCGACGCCCGUUUGCUUGGCCAGAGCAUGGCUAUGCGAUGCCACCAGCACGAAGCGAUCGGUACGGAAAGGCAAGGACUGUAAAGUACCGGUACCGUCCCCGCAACGAUCCUGAUCUCGGCCGCCCCUCCGCGAUCAUGCCCACAAUCCGUCGCUCAAACGCUCCUGCACAUCCACCGUCGUUCCAGGAUGGCGGCAAGGAACCGACCGAGCACAUCCGGCAAGAAUUCGGUCAGGGCAUUCGUGUUGCUUCAGCAGCCGACAUGCCCGGCCGUCCCUCCAACAUAGGAGCUCAACUCGUGCAUCUGCCCGCGCCAGCCAGCAGCCCGCGCGCAUGGGCCAAAAGGGCCUCGCCUGCCGGUGUGGGAACGACGCCCGAUCGGCUACGCACCAGCAAGGUCGUACCGACUUCGCCUCGAUAUCGCGCAGCCCCGGGUGCUGGCGGCGGACAGGGCCAAAUUCAUGCGUGUCGCUCCGGCGGUGAUGCUUCCUCCUUCUACCACCUGACAAAAUAG